AUGAAGCAUCUUGGUGAUAACCUUCGAAAAAAUUUCCAAUGUGGAGAUUCUCUUCAUGUGUACUAUGAUGCAGCAAAGGCAUAUGGUUACCAGGAGUUCAAUGAACAUUUUAAGCAAUUAAGGAAUAAAUGCCCCGAAGUUGCUACUUGCCUCGAGUUUAAUAUUGGAUUUGAUAAGUGGAGCAGGGCAUAUUUUCCAGCAAAUAGGUAUGAUGUGCUAACCACAAACAUAGGGGAGUCGCUAAACUCAAUGUUGAGGGAUGAAAGAGAGUACCCUGUGACUGCUUUAUUCACUUCCAUUUCUAGGAGGUUUGUUGAAAUUUUUAGGCACAGACGUGCAGAUAUCAGCAGUUCAAUCAAUUUAUUUGUGCCUCUAGCUGAAAAGACGCUAAGGGAAAAGAAGAAUGAGGGCGACUCCUUGUUUGUUAAUAAUAUAAAUGGGGAUGUCAACGAAUUCACCGUAGUAGGUAGUGGCCUAACUUCCAAAGUCAAUCUACUGAACAAAACAUGUACUUGUAGAGAGGACGACGUGGUAAAAUUAUCGUGCGCUCACACGAUGGCAGUCUUGAGAUUGAAGUACCAUCCUGAUUAUGGUUCAAGCAUCUACGAGUAUUCCUCGCCCAUGUAUAAAGUUCAGCCUUACAUUAUUGCAUUUGGUGAAACUAUUAAUGUAGUCCCUGCAGAGUCAGAAUGGGAAGUCCCAGAGAAGUACGCAAGCAUGUAUAUUCCUCCACCCCCUUACGACCCCACACUUGGAAGGAAGAGAGUGAAGUGUAUUCGUGGCGUUGCGGAAUCUUUCAAGUCCAGGGGAAGUAGCAAAGGGACGAGAAACAAGUGCUCGAUUUGCAAGGGGGCUGGUCACAAGAAAAUAACGUGUCGAUAUUUGAGAGAGCAUCCCACUUGA